AUGCGCACCUCGCGUGCUUCCAAGGAGGCCUCCAAGGUCUUCCAGGCACUGUCGCCUGCGCGACGCUCAACGCGUAAUUCCUCGCUCAAUAGCAGCGCGCUGCGAAGUUUCGCAUUCAAUUCAGAUCCGACCGUGAAGACGGAGUCGAUCCCAACGAUCGCUCAUCUUCCUGUCAGAAGCGACGAUGAAUCUUCCCUCUCGUCCGCCGAUACAGCUGACAUCGAAGAUCUCGUCGAACCGCCUCCCAAACGUCGGAAACGCAAUGCCAGUCCCAAGAUCCUCCCGACGCCAACUCGAACUGCGCGCAAGCCCGUGAAAGAGGAAGCUCCAGAUGAAAAGGCCACACCGCCAUCUAAGGCUCGCCGCAUGCCGGCAAGGAAAACUCGUGAUGCCCAAGGGGAGGUCGUUAUGGAGCCACCAUCCAACUGGGAGACCAUGUACAACAUUGUGAAGAAGAUGCGUGAGGAUAACCCGACGGCACCGGUGGAUACAAUGGGUUGUGCUGAACUCUACUGGCGGGCCUCAUCACCGAAAGACCGUCGCUUCCAAACUCUCAUCGCAUUGAUGCUUUCAUCCCAGACCAAGGACACCGUCACUGCGGUCGCGAUGCAGCGGCUUCACACCGAGCUUGGAGAGCAGCAGGAGAGUGCGGAUGGCCUCAAAACCGAACAACCGGAAUGCAUCAGCGACGUCAAGAUCAAGACCGAGGAGGGCGAGACCAAGACCCCGGAAUCGAAAGACAGCACGCUCAACUUGAACAACAUCCUCGCCGUAUCCCCAACUAAGCUGAAUGAACUCAUCCAGAAAGUCGGAUUCCAUAAUAACAAAACCAAGUACAUCAAAGCUGCCGCUCUCAUCCUACGCGACCAGUACGAAGGCGAUAUCCCCCCGACCCCAGAAGAGCUCAUGAAACUGCCCGGCGUGGGCCCGAAAAUGGCCUACCUCUGCAUGAGCGCAGCUUGGGGUAAACACUUGGGCAUUGGAGUAGAUGUCCACGUGCAUCGGAUCACCAAUCUAUGGGGCUGGCACAAGACGAAAACGCCCGAGGAGACUCGUCUGGCGUUGCAGUCUUGGUUGCCAAAGGAUAAAUGGCAUGAGAUUAAUAAGUUGCUUGUUGGGCUUGGUCAGACGGUUUGUCUUCCUGUAAAGAGACGAUGUGGAGAGUGUUAUCUGGCCGGGACGAAGCUUUGCAAGAGCGAGGUGAAGGGUCUUUUGCCGGUCAAGACCGAGGCUGGUAUUAAGAGUCUUGUGGAUGAAGAGCCAAAGAUCAAGAUUGAAGCCCUGUGA